UAUUUAUAGUAGGCCUUGAGGAGAAAAGAGGAAAGGAUGGGGGCGUGGCUUAGGUUAUGAUUUACACUCAGAGAGAGGAGGCUGUGUGUAAAAGGGAGGCAGACAGAGAGAGGGCUCUGUGUUUGUAUUAGAGAGGAGGAAAAAGAGAGAGCGAAGGGGGCCGUGUUUGAGUGAGGGAGCGAGGAGAGAGAUAGAGAGCAAGGGCUGUUUGGAGUGUGUGCCUGAAAACAGAGGAGGGAGGAGGAGGAGAGAGCUGAGGAAAAAAUCUGUCAGAUCCACACACUGGUCUCCGUGAUACAGGAGAGAGGGCGGAGGAGAAAAGAGGGGGAAAAGGAGAGGGAGAAGAAGAGAGAGGGGGGAACAGGACUGCAUAGUAAGGUUCAUCUACUUCCACAGACUCACUGGAGACGUGAAUGACCAAUAGGCGGGGUUAGAGGUUAGAGGUCAGGGCCAGACAUGAUGACAUCACACGGAAAGUUGAGGAUGCAAAGAGGGAGUGUGUAUGAGUACGACUCACAGAUUAAAGACCUGCGGGCCCAGCUGUGUGACCAGAUGAAGGUUCUGGACAGUCAGGUCGAGGUCAAAGGUCAAUUCCUGUCUGACCUGUCUGAGUUUUUCCGUCGCCGGGGCGACAUCGAGGCAGAGUACGCCCGCGCCCUCGACAAAUUAACUGAAAGGUUUACACUGAAGACCAAGAGAAAGGAGCAGAGUGGCCAGUCGGUGUCUCAGUGUUGGUCAGUGCUCCUGAGUCAGACGCGUGCGGAGAGCAGGGAACAUGCAGCGCUGAGUGAAUCCUGCUCACACACACUCACACAGCGACUCACACACUGCUCCGAGGACACGCAUCGCCUAGCCAAACGGAGUAAGGAGGUUGGGAUGCAGAUGCAAGAUGAGCUACUUAAGGUCACCACUGAGCUGCAGACGGCACUCAGGACCUACCACCAGUAUCAUACAGACAGUCUGACAGCUGAGGGAAAACUGAAGGAAGCCACCCGAUUAGAGGAGAGACAGACGGGCAAGUCAGCUGACCUUGGAAUCGCCCAAUCAGGAGGACAGAGGCGGAGCUCUGUGAAGAAGAUGGAGAAAAUGAUGGAAAAGAGACACGGCAGAGUGCAGGAGACCCAGCUGAAGUGCACGAAGGCUCGUAAUGACUAUCUGUUAAAUCUGGCAGCUGCGAACGCAACAAUGAACAAGUUCUAUCUACAGGACCUCAGCACACUCAUAGAUUGUACUGAUCUGGGCUUUCACCUGUCCUUGGAUCAAGUAAUGAGGUCAUACCUGGCCAGCAGGACGCGUGUCCUUAAAGCUGAGGAGUCUGGACUGAAGCAGCUGGAACAAGAAGUGGCAUCACUGGACCAGGGUGGAGACAGAGAUGCUCUGCUACAGAACCAUGACACAACUUUCUGUCUGCCCUUCCGCUUCAGUUACCAUCCUCAUGAGGGAGACCAGGUGGCCGAGGUGAGUGCAGAGAGCCAGGUGAGGUAUGAAUUGGAGACCAGGUUCCAACAGCUCCAGUCCCGCCUCUCCACUGUAACCUUGGAAACAGAAGAGGUCAGUAAGACACUCAAAGCCACCUUGUCUGCGCUAUUGGACAGUAUGUGUGACAGUGACAGUAACCCUGCCCCUGACGUGCCUAUCAGCCUAUCACAUGACCCCAUGGGAACCGCCUCCGCCUCUAAACUAGCCCUUGCCAAGAGGAGAGCCAAUCAGCAGGAGACAGAGAUAUUCUACUUUACGAAAGUGAAGGAAUAUCUGACUGGAAGCUCUCUGAUCUCCAAACUACAGGCUAAACAUGACUUGCUGCAGGAGGCUAUACAGAAAGCUGAAGCCGUUGAUAGCGACCCCUCCAGAAUGCAGUGUGCUAGGUCAGUGCGUGUACGGAGGUCGAGACCCUGUUCCAUGUACAGCCACACUCUCUUCACUUCUGAUAUGCUGGGUUUCAUUCAGAGUUCAGGUCAGCAGAUUCCAGUGGUAGUUGAAAGCUGCAUUCGCUUCAUUAAUCUACAUGGUCUACAUCAUGAAGGGAUAUUCCGUGUUCCCGGCUCUCAGAGAGAGGUCAACCUUAUUAGAGAUGCUUUCGAGAGAGGAGAGGAUCCUCUAGCAGACAGUGACUGUGACAUUGAUUCAGUGGCUGGGGUGUUGAAGCUGUACUUCAGGGGACUGGAGCCUCCACUGUUUCCUGACCAGUACUACACCGAGCUGCUGGACUGCGUCCAGAAUGAGGUAUUGGCAGAGAAAGCAGCCCAGAUAAAGUCUGUUGUGUCCUCCUUCCCUCGGCCGCUUCUUGUCGUCAUACGUUACCUCUUUGCUUUCCUCAAUCAUGUCUCACAGUACAGUGAUGAGAACAUGAUGCAGCCCUAUAAUCUGGCGGUGUGUUUCGGGCCGAGCCUUCUGAGAGGGUCCGAGUCAGGUGAUGUUGUAGCUAGACAACCGCAGGUCAACGACCUCGUCAAGACCAUGAUCAUUCAGUAUGAUGUCAUCUUCCCCAGCCAAUCAGAGCUGCCAGGGCCCGUUUACGAGAAGCAUAUGACUCUGGAGCAGGAGUACUGUGAACCAAUCGCAGAGGAGGGAGAUGGGGAUACUGAACAACUCCCUAGUGAGGAUGAGUGGGAGGCUGUGGCUAUGUUUGAUUACACGGCGCGUUCUGCUACUGAGCUGUCCUUUAAACAAGGAGAGCCGCUCCUCCUGCACAGCAAGGCGUCGGCUGACUGGUGGAGAGGGGAGGUGGGAGGAGUCAGGGGUCUGAUACCACACAAAUACAUCAGUGUGUUGGAAGGAACAGAGCGAGGGAGGAGGAGCAGCAGUGGAGGAAGCACUGGAAACCUGGCUUCAGAAGAGAUUCUGACUGAGAACACGACGCGGCUGAGGGUGAACAGUGAUAGUGCUUCAUUGCCUGGGAGACAGAGGGCAGUGGAGGGCAGCAGCAGCCCAGUCCAAAAGACCCCCCUCUCUCCUGUCACACGCCCAAACAUGGGGAACCCUGAGCGCAGGCACACCUUGGAUAAUGUGAAGCAGAGGUUAGGAACCGCCGAGAGACAGUCAGACGCCGGACCUUCCGACAGGCCGGACCUCAGUAAACAGAUGAACUCCGUCUUCAAGGAGCUUCUGUCUCGACAGCCCCCUCUGCAGCCUGCCUCCCAAGCUCUUCCCUCCUCCUCACCCCUCCCUUCCUCUUCUUCUUCCUCCUCCUCCCUCUCCUCUCUCCCCGGGGGCAGGAAGGCAGGCUUUAGCCUCAGGGGGCGGGCUCUCUUUAGACCAGCGGACCAAUAGGAAGACAGAGGGAGAAAUGUGGCGAUGAUGAUGACGAUGAUAAUAAUGAUUUAUUUUUAUGACACGUUUGUGUGUGAAAUUAUAUUAGUGUGUGAUGUUUGUGCGUGAUAUUGCUUGUCUUUUACACCUGUCUCAGUGCUGUCUAUCGUUCUGUAUUAGAACAAGGAUGGGUUUGGUUUCCAACAACUCAGGGCUGGAGUAACUUACCUAUUUCUGUGAUCAAUUGUUUUAAAACUUGAUAUACAAUCAUUUAAAGCACUUAGUAAAACUAUAACAUAAUACUGGAAACUGGGUCCAAUAGCAUAUCCAAGAUGGCCUCCACACCAGAUUUUGGUAUGCUAGUUAAACUGUGAAAUUGUACAAUUUACACUCUAGUAAUUCCAACUCUAUGGCCUGAGGGGCUUUGUCCACUCUAGUCAUUAUAUUUCUAUGGAUGCAACCCUCUUCCUUGAGCCACUGUUGGUGAUGUCACGUAAUAAAAUACGUAUGUGGUAAAUCAGUAACUAAUAAAUAGAUUCAAUUGGC